UCGAGCGCUGCUGCGUCUCGUUUAAUAUCCGUAAAAGUAGCUUGUAGAGAAGAGCGGCGCUGAGAAUCGCUCACGUUCAUUCGGAGAGACUUCCUGUGCACUCCUGAAAGCCCAGGACAUACACUGAAAAGAAUACAUUCUGUCGGAUAUGGAUUGUUUUGUGCUCUCUGUCUGCUCAGCUUCGCGUGAUAUGUGCUUCACGUGUCCGCGCGCCACAGUCAGGUAGUUCAGUCCAAAAAGAGCUCGUCAUGCACAUUUAAUCCGGUGUGUGUAUGUGUAUGUGUGUAGCGUGCACACCAGGGCUCUGGAUGUGUAUGUGAACAGGUCUGGGUGGAUAUGUAUUCUCUCAGUUCAUUUCGCAAGUGGAGUGUGUGGAUUGUGCAUCAUCUCGCGAUGCUCCUCGUGCCUAUCCUGUGGUUGGCGUCGCAGGCUCGCGCUGCUCCAUCCCUCACCACCGAGCAGAUGGACAUGGGGGUGGACUGGCUGAGUAAGUUCGGAUACCUCCCACCAGCUGACCCUGUGACCGGCCAACUGCAGACCAAGGAGGCACUGACCAGGGCGAUUAAAGCCAUGCAGCGAUUCGGAGGCCUGGACGAGACCGGAGUGUUUGACCAGGCCACCCUAGGUUUGAUGAAGACACCACGCUGUUCUCUGCCAGACAUGUCCGAGCCUGAGACGGCGGCUGGCAGGAGAAGGCGAGCACUGGCACCUCAGAAAAAGUGGACCAAGAGACAUCUAUCCUGGAGGGUGCGGACAUUUCCCAAAGAGUCGGCCGUGCUGGGGAGGGAAACGGUUCGAGCCCUGAUGUACUACGCUCUGAAGGUCUGGAGCGACAUCACACCGCUCAAUUUCCAUGAGGUGGCGGGAAACAAGGCGGACAUCCAGAUCGACUUCACCAAAGCAGACCACAACGACGGCUACCCUUUCGACGGGCCUGGCGGUACCGUAGCCCAUGCCUUCUUCCCAGGGGAACGUUUCACUGCAGGAGAUACACACUUUGAUGAUGAUGAGGCAUGGACUUUCAGGUCUCCAGAUUCUCAUGGCAUGGACCUGUUUGCCGUGGCGGUACACGAGUUCGGCCACGCCAUAGGACUCGCGCAUACAUCCGCUAUGGAGUCCAUCAUGCGUCCGUACUACCAGGGGCCGGUGGGAGACCCGCUCAAGUACGAUCUCCCUUAUGAAGACAAGGUUCGAGUCUGGCAACUUUAUGGUGUACGGGACUCAGUCUCACACACGGCUCGUCCAGAUGGCGUGUCUCAAACCGACGAUCCACCUGUUCUUAUGGACCUGCCAGAAAACAAAUCCACAGUGCCGCCAGCACGCGAUGCCCCUGACAGAUGUACCAGUCACUUUGAUGCAGUGGCUCAAAUCCGAGGGGAGGCCUUCUUUUUCAAAGGAAAAUAUUUUUGGCGACUGACUCGGGAUAAGCACCUCGUGACGCUAAGGCCGACUCAGAUCCAUCGCUUCUGGAGAGGUCUGCCUGCUAACCUGGAUAGCAUCGACGCUGUGUAUGAGCGACCCGGAGACCAUAAGAUCGUCUUUUUUAAGGGAGCGAAGUACUGGGUAUUCAAGGACAACAUCGUGGAGGAAGGCUACCCACGGCCCAUCAGUGAUUACGGCCUGCCCAUGGAGGGCAUAGAUGCCGUCUUUGUCUGGCUACAUAACGACAAGACGUACUUCUUUAAGGACAACCAUUACUGGCGCUACGACGAUCAUUUGCGGCACAUGGAUCAGGGCUACCCGAAAGACACCACGUUAUGGAAAGGGAUUCCGUCUCACCUAGACGACGCCAUGCGCUGGUCUGACAGCGCUUCAUACUUCUUCAAAGGUAAGGAGUACUGGCGAGUAGCGGGCAGCGAUAUGGAGGUGGAGUCCGGGUAUCCACGUCCAAUCGGUAUAGACUGGCUGGUCUGCAAGGACAUGCAGGCAGACUCUCCGGAGAUGAGGAAUAACGAGACAGGCAGACAGCUCACCGGACAGCACCACGCCAACCAUGCCGAGAACGGCUAUGAGGUUUGUUCAUGCACCUCAGACUCCGGCUCGUCCGCAAGCCCACGCCUGCAGCUCGCCCCCGCCUUGCCACUGGGAGCCUUCUUAAUACUGACACACACCCUCAUGUGUGGCAUUCUCUGAUGGCGGGGACGCCACAGGCCUGCACUGGCAUGGACACGGACACUGAGAGUGCAUAUGCAGUGGCUUGUGGGAAGGACAGAAGAGGGCAAACUCACACUCCACUCCAAUCAGUGAUCAUUGCUUAUGUCUGGCUUUUUUUUAUUUAUUUUAACAAACUGGAAAUGUUGAUUAUUAUCAUUAUUGUUAUUAAUAUUAUUAUUAUUAUAGCCGCAUUAGAAUUCUGUUGUGUGCCUCUGAGGUUUAUUUUAAGCACUUUCUGGAAUUCAUAUCAAGUAUUAUUAUAAUUGUUGCUUUUUUUCCUUAUGCAAUGAUUAGAAUAUUCCGCAUUUAAAAAGAGGGAAUCUGUAUUUUCCAGACUAAAAGUCAGUACCGUUUUUCUAUUGGUCAUCAUGCACCACUCAAAAUUAUGUCUGCGUAAAAAGAAAUUAAUGUAUAUGUUGUGUUAUUUUGUUUAAUGAAAUGUUUAUUAAAGUCAAAAACCUGUUUUUUUUUUUAUUUGGAAGAUCAAUCUCUCAGUCACGUAGUCAAACGAAAGCCAAUGUCCAAAUGCAGCUUAGACCAUGUUACAUGAUGUACUAUGCAUGUGUGGUGGCCUGGGAAACCAACUGACUUUUUUUUUUUUUCUUUUUUUUUUACUAAAAAACAAUUUUAGAAACUUCAGAAAUACAGUACGCUUCUCUUCAGCGCGCAUUUCUAUCACAAGUGAACUUGUCUGGUCGAUCUCAAAAGUGAAAAGGAAGUGAAUUACAUUUAAAACACUUUAUUCUGGCUGUUGAGAAGGCGCGUCCUUAACAUUAGGACUUUAUGAAAUGAUAACAGCAGGAAUGAAAAAUUGAGCUGUACUGUACAGGAACCAAUUUGAGUCACGGCUUGCUGCCGCCGUAGCCCGCCGUUCCAGUACGGCAAAGUUACCAGUUUGAUAAUCUCACCGAAACACAAGGUGAGUUAACUUCACAUUGGGCAUGUGGGUUGAAUUCAAGCUUUGUUUCCAAAAGAAUUCCCAAAAAGUUGGUGAAAGGUAUUUAUAUAUUACAUUCAUUUUUGUGACUCUUCUUAUAAAGAUACCAGAUACAAGACAUCACAAAAAAGAGCAGGUUUUGAUAUCAGUCAUAGUAGCGAUGUUUGUUUAUGUAUAUUUAAAAUGAUUCCAAUUAGAGAUUCCAUCUUAGCUGUUUACACGAACGCUGAUCUGAUAAGGUGUGCGUUUACAUGCUCAGAGCAUUUAAUCAGAAUGUAAUUGUUGUGACAUUUGGUUAUGCCUGCUGUGAAGCAUUCAAUCUGGCAGAAAAAUAACAGAAGUCGUUUUUUUCUUCGAUUUUGAGGUUAGCUUAGGCUUCCCGUCUUUGUCGAACAUCCCACCCUGUCUAUAAUGAUUGGCUACAAUUCAGUAUCACCUGUGGUUGGAUUGAUGAUUUACAAGAUAUAGAAUGGAGAGCCAAUCUCCAUUCUUUCGCCAGUCAAUGCGUCUUUCUCUCCUCUAGACUGAGCGGAUGGGCGUCUAAAGUAAAAACUGUUUUUACUGAAUUAACUGAUCAGGAAUGGAAGCGAAAUCACGUCACCUUACAGUCUGUUACCCAAACCUGAGGCAAACGUGCAGAAAGAUUUUUUUUAUUAUUUUAACAAAGGACCAACCAUCAGAGAAAAUGUUUACAUGGCUAAUAUCUAUCCUAAUGAACAGAUUAUUAAAGGUUUACACAUUCACCGUUCUCAAUCCAAUUGAAAAUUCAUUCAUUCACAUUGAUGUGCUCAUAGAGUGAUGCACUUUUAUUCCAAAUGGGCUGUUAUAUUGAUAAUUAAAAAAAAACCUGGCUCUGUUAAACUGAUUCCUGCAUGCCUUUAACUAAACGUACAUUUUGCGGAUCACUUGUGCAUCUUUUUUAUGGAAAUGUGUUUGAUGAUUUUGCAUUGUGUGAUACCAACAGGCGGCCACGGUGGUGUAGUGGUUAGCACUGUCGCUUUGCACCUUCAGGGUCAAGGCUCGAUUCCCGUCUCUGUCUGCAUGGAGUUUGUAGGUUCUCCCCAUGCUUGGUGGGGUUUCCUCCCACAGUCCAAAGACAAUGCAAUGCAAUUAGGUUAAUUGGCAUUUCCAAAUUGAUUUAAAACGCAGGUCAUGACAACAAUCACGCC